UACAAUUUAGAAAAAUCCUUAAAAAACUUGGAAACAAAAAUUAAGGAAUUAGAGCAAAGUAACAAAGAAUUAUGUUCACAAUUCAGUAAUUUAGAAAAAAAACUUACAGGUCAAGAAGAAGAAACCAAAGCCAAUAUUAAUCAUUUAGAAGAAAAGGUUAGAGAACGAGAAGAAGAAACCAAAACAAUAAUUAAUCGUUUGGAGGAAAAGGGCAGACCGAUUGAAGAUUCAACUUCCAAAGAUCAAGUUGUUUAA